GAGACUUGCGCGUUUUCUGCUCUACUCCCAGCCUUCGUUCCUCCCUCUUUCGCUCUCCUUCUCUUCUUCAUACUCGCUCGAAGCUCUUGACUCCGUCAUAUACUGCUGUUCCCUCAAAGCAGGGAAUAAGGACGGGGCAGAGGCAGUAUUGGAUUGAUUUGUCCGCGGUGCACAACGUCAACAGUCCACACCUUGAUGUGUGUUUGACUUGAAGUGCUACCGUCCCUGGUCAAAAGGCUUUGUUGAUGCUUUGUUGAUGUUUGUAGGCGAGUAGCGUAACAGCAGGAGGUGUGGAAUAGUUGGGGCCCGAGGAGCAGAGGAGAGGAAACUACUCCUAGUCCCUCUGGGCCUAUCCUGUAGCUCUCAAACUGGUCAGACAGAUUGGAUGGGAGAUCCUGGCUGUGCCUCACCACGCUGUACUUGGUGUAUUCCUACUGUAUGCUGUGUAAGGACCGACACCGGAGAUGAGAAGCAGGUAUGGGGAGUCAAACAUUUAAUCAGGAACAGACAUGAAACAAGACAGGAACAGUGUCAGCACACGGGUAUACGACAAUCAAGUGCGAGGUACCAAACCGAUAUACGGGAGGUAAAGACAGAAGUGAUUGAGUCCAGGUUAAAGAGAGGUUGCUAUGCCAACAGAGCUUGGCUCUGAGUCACAGGUGAAGGAGGCAGCCGAAGAGUCCUCCUGGCAGAAGGGGGCAGCAACAGGCAUGCAGGACUCGGCUUUCGAUGCAAAGAUGGCCAAACAGGACCAGGACUACAAACUGAUCGACGACCACAGGGAAAUAGACGACGUGUCAGAAAAGACCACCCCAAGCAAGACCCCCAAGUCCCCCCAGAAGACUUCCAAACGGCCAAAGACUGUUCCCUUCAAGGUCACCCUACUGGACACCUCUGACUAUGAGGCAGGGAUUGAGAAGCACUGCAAAGGACAGGCCCUGCUGGACAUGGUGUGUGAGCACCUCAACCUGCUGGAGAAGGACUACUUUGGCCUGACGUACAGCGAUGCAGAAAGCCAAAAGAAUUGGUUGGACCCCUCCAAGGAGAUCAAGAAGCAGAUGCGCACUGCUCCCUGGCACUUUGCCUUCUCUGUCAAGUUCUACCCUCCAGACCCCUCCCAGUUGACAGAGGACAUCACCAGGUACUACCUGUGUCUUCAGCUGAGAGAUGACAUGUUGUCAGGCCGUCUGCCCUGCUCCUUCGUGACCCACGCCCUGCUGGGUUCCUACGCCGUGCAGGCUGAGCUGGGAGACUAUGACACCGAUGACCACGGUCCCGACUACGUCAGCGACUUCCGCUUCGCACCCAAUCAGACGCGAGAGCUGGAGGAGAGGGUCAUGGAGCUCCAUCGUAACUACAGGGGUAUGACGCCAGCUGACGCAGAAAUCAACUUCCUAGAAAAUGCUAAGAAGCUAUCCAUGUAUGGGGUGGAUCUCCAUCAUGCCAAGGAUUCAGAAGGGAUUGAUAUCAUGCUGGGUGUGUGUGCCAACGGCCUCCUGAUAUACCGCGACCGCCUGAGGAUCAACCGCUUCGCCUGGCCAAAGAUUCUCAAGAUAUCCUACAAGAGGAGCAACUUCUACAUCAAGAUCCGGCCCGGAGAGUACGAGCAGUUUGAGAGCACUAUUGGCUUCAAGCUUCCAAACCACCGGGCGGCUAAGAGACUGUGGAAGGUCUGCAUCGAGCACCACACCUUCUUCAGGUUAGUGUCUCCAGAGCCUCCUCCUAAGGGCUUCUUGGUGAUGGGCUCUAAGUUUCGAUAUAGUGGGCGAACCCAGGCCCAGACACGGCAGGCCAGCGCUCUCAUAGACCGGCCUGCGCCACACUUUGAACGCUCCACCAGCAAGAGGUACCUGCUGUCCCGCAGUCUGGACGGAGCAGAGUUCUCCCGGCCAGUGUCGGCCAUGUGUGAAAACCAGGAUGGUCUGUCCCAGCACAGUGGCAGUGAACACCCCCACCUCCACAGCCCCUCUGGGGAUGAACAGGAGACAGAACUGGAACCACCCAGUUUGGAGCAGGACCAAGAGGAGGAUCAGGAUGAGGAACAGGAUCUAGAGGAAUACAACGACCAAGAGGAGGGUGAGGAUGGUGUCCCCACCCCCAGCAAGAAGAAGGAGAUCAAGGAGGAUGCUGGGUCCCCACUUGACAAUAUACAGGAGUUGGACCAGGAGACAACCCUUCGACACAAGGAGUUUUUGGAUAAGUCAGAGGAUGUCUUACUGAAGCACCAGGCCAGUAUCAAUGAGCUGAAGAGAGCCCUGAGGGAGCCCAACAGCAAGCUGAUGAACCGUGAGAAGCGGCUGUCAGGGACGUCUCCUGGCGGAACGCCCGAGAAGAAGGCUGUGGUGGGCAAGGAACUAGUAAACAGCUUCUCUGUAGAGGGCUUCGUCCAGAAGACUGUGGUGACUUCCCCAGAGGGCUCUGAGGAGUGGGUAUUGAUUGAGAAACAAAAUAGUCAUCAACACGACUAUAACUGGAAGGCAGAAGAACAGAACGAAGCUUCCACCUCGCCUCCCCCAUUAGUCCCUGAUUCCUCUUGGGAAAGAAAGAAAGAAUUGGAAAAAGACAUAGAAGUAGCCAAGAUGAUUCAUAUCGAGGUUACAGGGGAGGAUGGGCAAGAAAUGAUAACAGAUAUUGAUAACUUUCCAUUUUCCAAAGCCACAAGGGAAGCCCAGGAUGAAUGUUCUGAACCGCGGCUGACUAGCAACAGCCGCUUCGUGGUGGAAUUAGCUGAAACCACAGAAUCUUCUGAAGAGGAUUCACAGUGGAAAGUACCUCCAGCAGAACACUCUGGUGCAAAGAAUAGCAUAUUCCCAGUCUCAACCCCAGUCUCAACCCCAGUCUCAACCCCAGCCCCAGCCACAUCCACAGCCCCAGUCUCAACCCCAGCCCCAGCCCCAGCCUCAACCCCAGCCCCAGCCACAGCCACAGCCACAGCCCCAGUCUCAACCCCAGCCCCAGCCCCAGCCCCAGCCACAGCCCCAGCCACAACCCCAGCCACAGCUCCAGUCCCAGCCCCAGUCCCAGUCCCAUUCCGAGACUCUAAGAAGGAUCAUCAACCCAACAGACACAGAAAAAAGAAGAGACCUAAUAGUUUAAACCUGGGAAUGUCAACAGAAUUCAUCUAUGAAAAAGAGGGCGAUGUCUCAAACGCUGAAGAAGACAACGGGGGAUCAGACUGGGAGGAUAGUCCAACAGAGAAGACAAAGGCGGGACAAAUAGAUCACCCUGUGUCCAGAGAGGAGCCAGACGACCAGUGUUGGGUGACGAGUCCACUGAUGAAAGAUGAGGAGAGAACACCAGAGGCAAAAUGGAAGGAGACAGUGGUGUCUGCGUAUGAAGAUAAGAAGAAGGAGCACAAUACAUCAAUAGGAGAAGUCAAGGCAACUCAGGGAAGUGUUGUGGAUGAUCCUGCAGUGUGUGAUGGAAGAGACCAGGUUAAGAACUUCAGCACUGAGGUCCAGCCAGCAGACGAAGGGCUGGGCUCUGUCAAUGGUCCUGGGAAAACAGAAUGUGAUAGUUUAGCAGAACAGGUUAGAGAACCGGUUAAAGGGUUUAAUCUCAGAGAGAGGUGCAUGACUGACAAUAGAGAACACACAGAAGAGGUCAAGUUGAGGGAGGUCAAGACACACGAGAGACAAACCAGUAACUCUGGGGGGGAGGAAGUGGAAGGUCUCACAUCAGAGGUCAGGGGUCAGAGAAGGUCUUUACAGAGACUAUCAGGCAGCAGUCAGUCAGAAAUCACCAGGAUCGUUCCACUCAAACCUGAAAGGUCAAAGAGCUUAGCAUGCAAAGAUGAGCAGGACAGAGGGAGUCAGGAGUCAGAGUCUGAGCUGAGUGGAGUUUUUAGAAGAGAAUACAGAUGGUCAGGGGGUUCAUCAGAGGGACCUUCAGACAUCAACUGGAACAACGAGUCCACCUUCUAUCAAACAUCCACCCUGCCUUCAUCAUUCAUCUCAACCAACGCUAGUCCAGCAAGAUGGACCCACUCCCCGACCACUACACACAGAGAUGCCCCACAGGAACAGGGCAGCUUCUGGGGUCUGGAAGGCUUGGCAAGAGUUGAGGCUAGAACUGAAGAGCUGGUUCAGCAACAGAGCAGCGCUGCCCGUGACGAUCACUUUCAGAUGUCAUUCAUCUCAACCAACGCUAGUCCAGCAAGACGGACCCACUCCCCGACUAUCUCACAUAGAGAUGCCCCACAGGAACAGGGCAGCUUCUGGGGUCUGGAAGGCUUGGCAAGAGUCGAGGCUAAAACUGAAGAGCUGGUUCAUCAACAGAGCAGUGCUGCCUGUGAUGAUCCCUUUCAGGCUGCUAGAGAAGCCAUAGAGAGUCAUCAGUUUCUCAGCUUCAAGGGUUCAGCCUCAGCUCCAGCCUCAGCUCCAGCCUCAGCGCUCCCCAGGACAGCUCCUCCUGCCCCUCCAGUUAAAACACAGAAGGCCAGAGAGUCUGGACUCAUACUCCGGAACAUCAACCGCAAUGUUAGCAGGGAGCCUGGCCUGGACGCAACCAAGAAGAGACACUCGGAGCCACUCUCCACUCCUGCCAUCUAUGAAGAUACAGUAGAUGAUGCCAAGCCGGGCUCCGCCUCGGAGGAGGACCAUGAGCGUGACACUGUGGUCUGCAUGAAAGAGACCCACCUGGGCAUCGAGAGGAAGUGCUCCAGCAUGACGGUCAGCUCCACGUCCAGCCUGGAUGCUGAGGUGGACUUCACCGUCGUCAUGGACCUCCACACGGGCGUGGAGGAGUUCUCCAAGAGCAUGUCUAAGCUGGGGGAGUGGCUGCCCGAGGUGGGCCGGGACGACUUUGAGGAGACCUCCAGGUUCUAUUCAGCCCGUCUCAUGGUCUCCCAUGACAUGUCCCCUGUAGAGGAGAUGCCUCCUGUGCACCAUGAGCCCCCGGUAGCCAGGAAAGACCCCAGUGCCGUUAGCGCUGCCCAGAUGCUGAGGAAGGCCGACGCCAAGAUGGAGACACACACCAAUGGGUCAGAGGUCACCAGCACCAACAUCAUGGACAUGUCAGAGCAGCAAAUGGAGACUGACGUCAACUGUAAUGACACUAAGGUCUCCAGCAACACUGACGUGGCUCAGCCACCAGAGGGAGACCUGAACCAGAACCAGGGAGUUGGCAGUAGGAAGGAGGAUCCUCUCCCUAGUAAAGAGAAUUGCUCCCCUGUGAAGGCAGGCACCCUGGGGAGAGAGGCUGUAGAGUCCGCCCUGAAUGUCACCACUGACAACGUCACCUCGGCAACCACAACUCAAGUUACCAAGACAGUGAAAGGUGGCUACUCCGAGACCAGGAUUGAGAAAAGAAUCAUCAUCACAGGAGAUGAUGACGUGGACCAACAUCAGGCCCUUGCGAUGGCGAUACAGGAGGCCAAGCAGCAACACCCUGACAUGCUGGUGACAAAAGCAGUGGUUGUCAGGGAAACAGAGUCUCCCAAUGAGGAGCAACAUAGGACAUCUGAGUCCUGAUCGCUCAUAGUGGUUCCUGGGAGUGGGGACAGGAAAUUACCUGAUCCUCCCGUCAUUUCCCUGACCCUCCCCACGCCAACGCCGCAAGAGGGCUACAGCAACCUGCCCACAGUGUAUACAACAGACCGACCGCGCUCCCUAAAACAAUCCCUGUCUCCUCUACAACACAAUAUGCCUCCUCUUCUGUCCCUUUAACCAAAACCGACUGUGACGCUGCCUCUGACCCCCCCCCCCCCCCCACCCCACCCAACCCCUCUUCCUCUGGGAAAUGUCCUUUUCCCUGGGAUUUUUAGAACAUGACCGUUCUCACAAAUCUGAGAAAUAGACUGCAGUGUUUAUAUCUCCCCAAGAGGUCUGACUUGUAAAGGAUAUGGCAGGAAUAGGGCUAAUAUGUGUUGCCCCAUGUUUAGCCAUGGGAUCUGUGAGAGAUCAAUAUGGUGGUUCUGGGAUUCUACACCCCCAGACAGACUGUACAUGUACAAACAUAAUGACAUGUUAACGGUGCAUCACGCUUGAUCAGUGUAGUUCAAUUAAAUGAUUAGUGAUGAGGAUGUAAUCCACCUUGAGUUAAAUCAGAUCCACUUUUCCCCAGAACACAUUGACUUACCUGUAACUACUGGUAAUUUAUUCGCCAGGAAGUCAAUAAUAGCCCAACCUUCAAAAUUGCUCUCAUAUAUGGUCACCAUGGUGAUGCCUGCUCAGUGCUGACAUCAUGCAUGAAGCAUGGGGAUCGGGAAUGGAGUGAGUGGAGUGUGAGGAGAGGGAGUUGGGGGAGGGGUGCUCUGCAGGGGCCAGUGGGGAUGGCUAGCCUUUAACGCUUGUUGUCACCAGUGUGACACAUAUAUUAAACAGCUGUCUUACUAGCUUUUUAAACAUUUGUAACAAUAGAAGAAUCCAAUUUAAAGUCCAGUGUUUGCUUGUUUAAGAAAUAAAUAAAAUAAAUGUAUCGAUUAGCUUCUCAUACUCACAUGCAUGGUUCUACAUAGUUGAGGUAAUGAACGAUACGAUACGGAGCUGUCUAGGAACAGAUGUCCACAGGAAGUGGUCAAGAUGGCAGAACAUUCAGACAAAUCUAUAUCUGAACGAUUCUGUGGAAUAUACUUCUGCAAUGUGUAGACACUGCAUGCCAACCAAAGCUGAUGGGACUAUACCGAUAGGAGAGUCAACUGAAGGAAUACGUGGACAGACACUUCUACAACAUCAAGAGACUAUGAGUUGGGACUCCGCUUAGCAUUCAGGGUAUACUACUUCUAUAGGCUCUGACUGUCGUUCUCCGGCUGACAACAAACAGAAUCCCCCCCCCCCCCCCACUCUCCUCAUCAUGUUCUCCUUCCUUCGUCCUGCUGUUAUAAUUUCAGUCUAAAACGCUGGUCAUGUAGGGCAAAAGUCAAAUCACGCCCUAUUCACCAUGUAGUGCACUACUUUAGCCAAAAUUAGUACACUCUACUGGGAAAAGGCUGUCAUUUGAGACAAAGCCAUAGUAGGAGUCUUAAAGCAAAAUGAGCGCUUUUCAUUUAAAGUUUCAAAUUAUUUUAUGAAAUGUGAGGAUAUGUUUUAAAAAAAAUCUUACUUGAGUUGUCUUUGUCAUGUUGUAUGAGUUCUACGUUUGUAUUUAUAAGAGUGGUGGUGAAUGUGGGUUUUUUCCUUCCCUAAAAUGUAUAAGCGUGUGAUUACUUUUUCUGUACCCUCACAGACAGCCUGGAUUCUUAAAGUGACAAGUUUAAGUCUAAACUCCAUCCUCUUGGGUAGUUAGACAGGAGGUGAACCAGAACAGUUGGAACCCCUUUUCUGUUCCAGAACAGCAAGCAAUGCCUCCAUAACCCUGCCUGGCUUAACCUUGUAUACACUCUUAGAAAAAAGGGUUCUUCGGCUGUCCCCAUAGGAACAUCCUUUUUGUUUCCAGGUAGAACCCUUCUGGGUUCCAUGUAGAACCCUCUUUUGAAAGGGUUCUACAUGGAACCCGAAAAGGUUCUACUUGGAACCAAAAGUGUUCUUACCUGAAACCAAAAAGGGUUCUUCAAAGGGUUCUCUUAUGGGGACAGCCGAAAAAACACUUUUAGGUUCUAGACGGAACCUUUUUUCUAAGCGUGUACAUGUUCGUAAAUACUCUCUGCAUAAUAUCCUCUUAAGCUAUGCUGAACUGCUGAAUAUACACCAGUCAAUCAGUUUGAGAAAUAAAAAACGAUGCUGGAACAAACUGUUGAAUUUACAUACUAUGCAUUGUUCCCUAUGUGGACUAACUAUGAAACAUAACUGAGGAUAACCAUUUUUGGAGUGUCGAUCUGCGCUAAUCAUCUCCGAUGUAAUAUUAAUUAAUUACAGCGGUCAAUUUCUAACUGCUUGUGAGACUUGCAAUAAUUGUCUCUCUGUAGCCACCUGAUGCUAUUGUAAUCCAUUAUCAGUCUACUUAAAGGAGAAAACUGUGAACUGUCAUGCAUAUAAAAAGUAUUACCAAAAUGUUCCAAGAUGGAGUUGAAACUAGAAGUUGAGCUCAUCCACACGGAGUCUCCGUGGCUUUGUCACCGUGCUUGUCAAAACUACUCCACUCUCACUUCACCCUGAAGUAACAGAGGGAAUCCCUUGGACUUUGUCUUACCUGCCGUAGAGUUGUCUCUGUGAAACAGACAGUCUCAACAGUUCUUUUGUAUAUUUUAUUUCAUUUUAUCUGGUCAAAUGACACUGGAUUGUUGUUUAGGCACUUGCUUGCGGUGAUAGGCAGCAACGAUAUUGUUAGAAGUGUGUGGUGUCGCUAUAUUGGACACACAACUCUCAAAAUGAUGACUUGCUGUAUAGACAUUGAGAAAGAAGUUGCUCUGUAAAGCUGAUGUCCUGUUUUAAAGGGUGGGAGUCAUAUUGUAUGCAAAUGAACAUAAAUACUUCUAUGUGUGCAUAUAAUUACAAAUAUACUGGAAGAGUGGGAUGAAGUUGUGCUGAUUUCAUAAUAGAGGAUUAACAAAUGUGCGAUGUUAAGACUGCAGACUACUUGUACGGUCUAAUACAGUGCAAUGGUUAUACUGAUAAUGGGUGCCUUACUGUUGGAUUCACCGCCACUGGAAACCAUGGAAUUUAUUAUUUUGUCUACAUGUGAUCUACUGACAUUUCAGCCAUCCACUCUCCAUGUGGUGGGGUCUCGGCCUCUUCUGGAGCCCUGGAUGACCUCACCUUUACUGUCAAAGGUGUGGGCCGGUUGGAGUCUCUUUACCUACUCAUUAAUGUCCCAUAUAAGGAUUGGGCAAUACUAUUGAUAAGCUAUGACACGCUUGUUCAGUGGUAGGAAUAAUAAGAAUUGGAACUAAAAUCCAUUGAAGAGCAGAAAGAUUACAAACACAAGGCCUAAUAGGACAGAACUACUAUGAGUGGCUGAUUCCAUACUCACGUGAAGCACUAUCCGUUCCACUCUUCCUCUUCCAUCCUUCAAUUCACCUCAACCUUUUGCUCUUCAUUCCCCAAGUGUGUGGUGGUGUAUUUGCAUUCAGUUUAAAUGGAAAACAUACAUAAAUAAAUGUCUCAGUGCGAUUCA